GAUUUAACGGCCCGCUGAAGACGAAGCCAGGCGACAGUUGCUUUUCUCUCCGCCUGUACACAAUCUUUGCUCUGCUUCAUGUCGUCGCUCGGCUCCUCCUCGUAUGCAAAACACCGUUGGUAUCCGGAAAUUAACAAUCCCGUGAUGUCAGGGGAGUGCUAACGUAGCAUCGGAAUGACCAAAGUGCCUUUCUCGAUUUGUGGUUUAAAACUUAUUCAGCACUUACUGUCACUUUCAGCUAACAGUUUAGCUCAGCUGUCGUGUACCGACAUGAGGUUAACGCGGUCGGAGGAUGUCGGAGGAUGUAUCCCUUCGCGCGGACGUUAACAGCGGGAUGAAGGCUGUCACAGGACCGAGCUGGAUGCCAUUCAGUUAGUUAGCCUCUCCGGAGUCCGAGGUCAGAUUUGUGUGCCACACAAGCUAGUAGUUAAUACGUUAAUAACAAGUUAAUCACAGGCUACAUUCCGGUGCUCGGUGUGUAGAGCCAUGGCGCGGUUUGUGUUGGAGCAACUGUCAGAUUUCGGGGACUAUUCUGGCAGUAAAGAGCUGACUGAGAGCCUUAAACUAACUCAUAACGAACAUAAAAACAGCCUGUCAAAUGUUCGCCUGAGCCCAGAUGGACGUCACAUCCAUGUCAUCCUGUGCAAGCCUAAGGUCGGUCUUGUGACUUUUGACAAAUAUGAAAGACCCCAGCUGGCCCAGAACCAGAAGAAACUGGAUUUGUGUUUGAAACGACCCGUGCCCAUUGUGGAUAUUUUAUAUUUGGACAGCAAUAACAACAGCAGCAACGGCAGCAGCAGAGACACAGUAGCUGUGGCAGUGGUUUAUGAGAAUGGAAAAGCUGAGUUUUGGAAAUUCCAGGAGUGCAAAGGUGGCUGGCAUCUCCUGCAAACAUCAGACUUGUGCAACAGCCCCAGGGCCCGAGUGGUAUCUGUCUGUGCCUGCUCUAAUCUUAUCAUCUGGUGUGAGGAGAGGCCGCCCUCAGAAAGCUCCCCUGCCCUCACCUCCAUGAGGAAUAAGUUAAGAUACUGUGUUUGCAAACGGGACUUUGAGGUGGAGGAGGGCGCUGUCAGCUUGGGCGGUGUGAAAAUCGCCCUUCACAACAAUCCUAAAUUCACCGUUGUCAGCUCAGGUGAAUAUGUGCAUCUCCUUCCUGACGUCAAAGUGAAGCCUCUGUUGAGCAUCUCCAAAUUUUUCCUCUCCUGGCACCCUCGCCACGACUCCUUCAGGGUCAGCACCACAUGUAAAAACACUCCCCUGAGUAAGCUGUUCACUAAAGAGUCUGACUUCAGGAGGUUGGUGACGGACUGUUUGGGGUAUUUAUCAGCUCUUGAACCUCCUGAGAUCUAUGACUUCUCUCCCUCACCCUGUGGGGGCCUGCUGCUUCUGCUCAGCACAGGCUGGGUGUGUCUCCUGCAAAAAGAGGGGAUUCUGCGGCAGGUAUACAAACUGGCGGACAACUGCUUGGUGAAAUACGGCACACACACUAGCCUCUGCGUGUACCAGGAUGCCCUGGCGCUCGUGAUAGGGCAAAAUCUGCAUCUGAUAGACUUGAACUGUGGCAGAGAGCUGGAAAAGAUCAUACUGAAGAGGGAGGGGUUAUUAUAUACCAACAAGGCUGAAAGAUGGACACCUCACCUGCUCUCAGAAACUGGACUUUUUAUGGUGAUGCACCGAGAGACAGACGCCAGAGACUUAAACUCUAAGAUGAAGCCUUCUCCUUUCAGCACAGUAGAGAAUAUCCAUCCUGAAGCCCUCCUGGUGGAGGCAGUCUUUGAGGAGGCCUGUAAAUACUACCAGCAGAGGAGCCUGAGCAGCACCCAGCUUACUGUGGACGCCCUCAAGAAAGGAGGCAGGUUCCAGGCUCCCAUCUCUUUAGCCCUCAUCCUCAGGAGCUACCUCAGCACAGGGUUGAGGCAGAAGGGAGCUGAGCUGUCCCAGAACGGAGGAGGUGGAUGUGUGGCAGGGCAAGACAAGCUAAUGGGCUCUCUGGAGGCUGAGCUGAAGGCUCUUGUUUCUCUGGAGGAGGUGAAGGGGAGCUUAGUGAGAGGAAGCGUUAAAGAGGUGGAGGCAGUGUGUGAGAAUCUAAUAGAGAAAGAAGUAGCCAGGCUGCUGUCAUCCUUGGAGCUGGAUAAAGAGUCUCUGCUCUACCUCAACUCCAUCUUCAGUAUCUUCCCUUGCCAGGCGUGGAGGGCGGCGCAGGCUGCCCUGCAGCUGCACUACAACGGGGAGGGCUCUCUGUCCAGCAGGGCUCCCCCAGACUUGUGGAAAACUGUCCUCACUCCUGCUCCAACCUCCAGCUUACCAGCCUCCCUCCCGCUUGCAAACGGUGGGCCAAAGCACAAGCACAGCCUCAAAGGUGGUCACAUCGCUAACUGUAAAUCCAAAUCUACAAGCUCCACUUCCCUGGCUGCCCUGCCUGUGUUUGAGCUCCUCUGCUGCUCAGUUUUCCACUUCCAGCCCAACUGGCUGCCCACGUUCCUGGAGCUCGCCCAGCAGCAGCAGGGCUCCGCCGGCCUGGGCCUGAGCCUGGCCUCUUCCUCCUGGGGCUUCUCCGGCGGGAGAGUAGGGGAGGGCGGGGAGAACAACGUGCCUCUCUACAAACGAGCCCUGUGUGUUCUGUCCAGCCUGAACCCAGACAGAGAGCAGUACCAGGAAAUGGAGGUGGAGCUGCUGCUGGUCAGCGGGCGGCCCAACGCCAUCCUCCAGGCACUGAGGGUCCUCAUCAGCAAGCAGCAGUGGGAGCGGGUCACACAGGUGGCUCAGAAGUUCUGCAAACAGAGUCCGCUGCUCAACAAGGAGAUCUUUACAACUCUGCUCUGUGAGGUGGCACAGCACAGAGACCUAGACCCCUACCUGGACCUGCUGUGGACGCUGUGCCCAGAGGACCUCACUGUCACCACCAUUCUUAACUUGGUGCUGAAAAACCUCCCCUCCCCUAACACCCCUUCUCCCUCAUCCUUCUCCAUGUCCAACGCAACCUGCACAUCCCCUGCUCCCUUCGCAGACUCGCAGAGCAGUCAGUUGACCAUCGGGCUGUUGAAACCUCUGCUGAGAAAAGUCCUUCAGAGGGAGACCAAGCCCAGCCAGCGCUACGCCGACAUCCUCCAGUCCCCGUCGUACCCCCCUCCAGCACCUCCUCGUCAGCCCGUGGAGAAACCGAGGACCGUCACAGACCCCAGCACAGACUCACCUGUGGGCAGCAACCUCAGCGCAACUCCUCUUACACAAACACCUGAGCAUCAGCAGCUGCCCACACACACAACAGUCCAAAGGGCCAGGAUGGCGCUACCUACUAACCCAGUCUGACUCAACUUAACAUGCACAAAAAAUGGAGAACAAAACAUUCCACAUAUAAUCUGAGCAAACUGUGAAGCAGUGUGUGUUUGAUCUAAACAGUAAUGACAAUCAAAUAACAACAAUAUCAGUUUAAUGCAGUUACUUGUGAUAUUUGUCAAAGUGUUUUUAAAUGGAUCGGUAAUGUCAGAUGAAGUGCGACUACUAGAAACUGAAAUGACUACUGAAGAUCUUACCAGUGUAAAUACUGCAGUUAAUUGCAAGUCUUAAUGUGUAUAUACUGUAUCUGCAAUGUUAUUUAUCUCUUAAGCGUUAAAUGCACGUGGAUGAGAAAGUUAUUGCAUCGAAUAAGCUUAGCCUCUAUAGGAAUACCAUUGAUAAAUAAUGAUGUAUUGUGUUAAAAGCCACUAACUCCCAUUUUUGGGGUUUAUCUUAUCUCUCUUUGCCUUUUUAAAGUAACUGAUGUCUGCUAAUUGUAGCCAAGUAUAGCUGCCUUUCAGUCGUUGAUGUCCGGGUGUGUUCACACAGCGGGUAAUCUACUAAGUGUUAUCCAGACAAGCUGGCCUUUGUGUUUGAAUGUUUGUUUUAAGUGAUUUAGAGGAGGGGAGGGGUCCAAGGUUCUUUUACUGACCUUUUCUGGUUAACAUAUUAUGAAGGUUCAAACAUUAAGCUGGUUACUAUGGUCUUAACCAGACCAUGUACGACCAGUAAACCAAACUCAAAACAUACAAAAUAUUUUUCCAUCCCUGUCGUCCAUUUUUCUCUCUCAAGACACCAUCUUGUCCACUCUGCUCCUUCCCAGUCCAGCUCACAGGACAUUCCAGACAGAAUACCCAGUAUAAAUGACUCCCAGUUUGACUUUAAAUUCAAUUUCGGAGGUAAUUCUGUUAGGAUCCUAGUGCGAGUGGGGCACGUUGUGACUAACGCAGUCGCCCUGCUGCUUGCAUAAGGUCGUGUAUGUCCUCCUCUUCAUGGAACCAGGCAGUUUAAUGUCAUUAGAGAUGUUAGGCCCUCUGUCUUGCCCUUGCUAGUUGCUCUAAAACUAAUUGCACUUUUAUAUCACCCCAGUCAGUAUUGUUUGUACCAUGCUCCUCUUGCAUCUGUUGAAAUGAAUGUGUUCUGAUUAAGUGCUGUAAACAAAAGUAUAUUUAAGUACCUACUUGUAAAUCUGUCUCUGAUGCCUUUGGUUUGCUUUGUAGUCAAAGAAAAUGUGUUUUUUUUUUCUUUUCUUGUGUGUAAAUAUGAAGCCCACAGAAACAAACUGUUAUUUAUUUUCUAGCAAUCUGUGGAAUACUACCAAAAUGAUAAACUAUAACCCCCCUAGGACUUGUGUGGGCGAGGUAGUGACAGAAAACCUCCUCUGACAAUCAGACUCCAAAAUGCAGCAGAACAAUCAGAGUGCCUUUCACAGCGCUGCUCUUCAUUUACAGGAUAGUGUCACAUUUCUACUGUCUCCACACUCAUACUCUGGACAAAUAGCUGUUGGUAUUGUAAAGCACAGCUUCUUUACUCUAAGCUUUCUAUGUGGGGAAAAGCUACAGUAAGAAGCUGUGUUUAUGACAUUUUAGUUUCAACAUGAAACUGGCUGCCUUCUUACUCUGAUUGCUGGCUGCAGUUGGUGUAUUAAUAAUGUCAUUCCAGGUUUUGCACACUUGAACAAGCAUGACAAUCUCUGUGCGACUGAAAUCAAUACAGCGCCAUGAGUUUUUCUGUGUACCAGAAGUGUCUCAAGUGAGAGUCACUGGGAACUCCCUGACUUCCCCUGACAGGCCACACAGCCUUAUGUUAUGACUGUUAAGAUGUUAAAUAGUAGGAUAAUUUAGUUUAACUACUCAAACUAUUUUCUGUCAACAAAUAGGAGUUCCUCCUGGAUUCGCCUGACAAACUGUACUUUGCUGACUUUUUUUUUGGUGAUACUCUCCUUUUGCAGUAUUUGAAAAAAAAAGAAAAUGUGUACAAGUAUUUAUGAACAAAUGCUGUAUGCUAUUAAACUGAAG